AAGGCACUCACUGAUAUUAAGAUAUAAAUGAUAUUAAUAAUGAAUGUAGCGUAAUUUCCGGCCUACAGAGCACACCUGAUUGUAAGCCUCACCCAGUAUAUUUGUAAAGGAAAUACUAUUUGGUACACACAUAGGCCGCAUCUGUGUAAAAGUGCCCGCAUUAAAACACGAGAUAUUUACAAAGAAAAACGGUACAGAGAGUUUUCAAAGUUUUAAUGCCUUAGCUUAACAUAGCAACAACAGAAGCACGAACAGGGCUGGUAAUUUAAAAAAAAAAAAAAAAAAAAAAAAACAGCCGCGGCAGCUACACAGUAGCAGCAUGGUAGCACAACACUAACAGGGCCAGGUAAAAAAAAAAAAAAAACGUACCUAAAUUACUGCGAUGCGGCAGUAACACAGCAGCAACACGCUAGCACAGCGCUAACGCUAGUGCAGCGCUAACAGGGCCGUUUAAAAAAAAAAAACAACACUUCAAUCACUUCCUCGGUGCAUAUAUUCCACCGAAAGGUACUGUAAAUCCCUCGUAUGUGGGCAAAGAGAGCCAGUUUAUACUUUUCCUCUUCUUUUAUUUGCAUUUUUAGGUGGUUUAUGCCUAGACUUUUAAAACUUGCACAUGUCAAAACAUCACUCAUCAGGACUCACCCCUAAAAAAAAAAAUCACAUCCAUCACAAAAUAGGAUAGUAUGUAUAGUAAAUACUCUGUACAAAACCAGUUUAUCUCUGCACAUUUGUAUUAUUUUGAUGCAUUUUGCAUUGUUUUGGCGGGAAUGGAAUGGAUUCAUGGGAUUCCCAUUCAAAGAGUAAAGUGAAAGCUGUAUUUAUGUGAGUAAAUUGAAUGCCUGAUCACGAAAUGAAUUCAGCUCGUGCGUCACGAACCUCCGGUACAGGGGCGGACCCAAAUGCAGGACGUAGAGGCGGAGGCAUAAUGUUCAAUGUAGUUUAUUCCGGAAACUGGGUCAUACGCGGUGUAGCAGUCCGACAAGGCGAAGGUACAGAAACGCUAGGCUAGGCGGGAUCCGUAAGACAUGCGGCAAGGUCGGAUGGCUAUGGGGCAAAGCGACAAUUCAACAGGAGAGGAUCAAACAGAAUCGCUGUGACUAGCGUUACUCGAACUUACGCGGAGAGUCCCACAGGCAGUGAAUGCAACUCACUAACACAAAGCAACGAACGGGCAAAAACUGACAAAAACUCCAACUCAAACAGCUGUGGCCGGUGAUAGGUGUUAGAAGUGAGACCCCCCCCCAGAGCGGUGGCCUGGCCACGCCCCUCUUGGCAGCGGCCCAACCUUGCUCGUGACUUUGUGUAGUUAUUUUAUACUUGUUGGCGGUAAUCGAGUGGCAUCCAUUUUGACUUUUUUAAGGUACCAAUUGAGUUUCCGGUCGUAAAAGCCAAGUCCUGAGAGCACAUUUUGGAAUUUGAAGGUAACGCUGGAAAAACUGGAAGGAGCCCCCACACGGGCGCAGAAUGAGGCCUUUAUAGUGGCUGCCGCUCUUCUGCGCUCACGUUUCAUUGGCUCGAGGGUAGCGCGGCCCAGAUGCCAUCGGACCUCUAAGGUUUCAUUCAAAACAGAGUUCAUUGUCUUGACGUUGAACGCCGAAACAAAACAGUGCUUGUGUUGGAACGUCUAACACUCAUCACGAUUUUUUUUUUUUUUUUUUUUUUUUCAUAUGAAAGCCCCUCAACGGUGGGGCUGAAUCAGAAAGUUUGGCCGGGUUAUGAAUUUUUGGAGUGCCGAUGCGAGAGGCGCAUUGCAGCGAGCUUCCAGGCAGCGAUGGUUCUCCUCACCGCUAAGAUCAUGCAGAGGACGGCGGUCUUUGUGACCUUCGGGGGGCUGGUGACCUCCUUGAUCACCACCUUCCUCCCGCUGUGGAAGACGAUGAAUUCGGACUUGAACGAAGUGGAAAACUGGUAUUCGGGACUGUGGCACAUGUGCCUGUACACGGAGGAGGUCGGGGUGCAGUGUAAGGCCUACGACUCCUUGCUGGGACUCCCCGCGGACUUGCGGAUCUCCAGGGUGCUCAUGUUGGUGUCGGUGUGCACCGGCGCUCUGGCUUUGCUGGUCGCCCUGCCGGGACUGGACGGGGUCCGCGCGCGUUUGGACCGGUGCGGAACGAGAAGGAGGUUCCUGAUCCUGUGCGGGGUCCUCUGCUGGGUGUCGGGGAUCAGCACGCUGGCUCCGGUGUCCGUCGUGGCGUACGCCACCGUGGUGGAGUUCUGGGAUAAAGGUUUGCCCGACGUGGUGCCGCGCUGGGAGUACGGAGAGGCCAUGUUUUCAGGAUGGUUCGGGGGUUUGGCGUUGCUCACCGGGGGGACUUUGUUCUUCGUUGCCGUGUGCAUGGCCGACUAUGACCUGCGGACGGCAACCGUGGCCGACGUUCCGCGUGUGACGCGCGGGGCUCAGCAGUACCGCAAGACUGAGGUUUUGUAA